UCAUUUUAUUAACAAGAAUUUAAACAUGUACUUACAAGUUAUAAUGAAACAUUGUGAUUUUACGAGGACCAUUUUCGUAAAUAUGUAUAUCGUUUACAAAAUCAUCUACCCACAAAUUUCCGGUGUGUACCAUACGCUGUAGAAAUGGCACUUUCUCUCUCACAGUUCACUUCAUCCCCAUCUCUUCCUGCGUCAUCGGCAAGAACAUCCACCAAUUAUCGAAUCAUCUCAACGACAAUCAAAUCCACCCUAAAUCCAAUCACCAAUUUCCCCAACACCGCCAUUCUCACCGCCGCAAAUGGGAAGAAGAACCACCGCUUCGCCGUCAUCGUCAACGCCGCAGAAGAACAACAGCAGCAGCCCACCACCGCAGAAUCCGAAUCCACCCAAAAGCCCCCCUCCGAUGAAGAAUUAUCUGAACUGGGUACGGAGAUCAAAAAGGCGAUGAUGGAUAGAGAGAUUAAGAAGGAUGAGAGUGUAUGGGCCGGAGUAGUGGAUGAGAUAGGCCGGAUCGAGUGGCCGGCGUUCAAUAAGGUCCUCGGAACGACGGGGGUCGUGCUCGGCGUUAUUGCUGGUUCCAGCGUCGUUUUGCUUACUGUUAAUGCCGUUUUGGCGGAGCUUUCCGAUCGGGUGUUCGUCGGCCGUGGGGUUCAAGAUUUUUUUGGCUAAACGAAGACGAUAAGGCCCAAGGGGGGAAGAAGCUGUUAUCCAGUGUAACAAGGUCCAUGGAUAUACUGUGUUCUACACCUAUCUGAUUGCUCCACGUCCUCUUGUGUCAAUUAGUUUAGUAUAAUACAUUGAAAUUUGCAUGUAUUAGUUUUACUUUUACCUAUCUCUUUUUUUUUUAUCCAUUUUGAUAUCUUCAA